AUCAGUGUCUGUAAUAUUAUUUAUAUUAAUAUUUAAUAAUAAUCAUUAUUAUUAUUAUUGUACGUACUUUGAAUAAUCGUCAUAAUAGUAAUAAUAAUAAUUGUUUUGUUGUUGCCACUAUUACUUUUUUACAACCAGUCAUUGUCGGCAGUCGGUACGCACGUACUGACGAGAUGCGUCUGCCGCACCGCUAUUAUUACGUAUCGACGUCGGUCUGUGGAUUAAACGAUUCGUCAGCGGGCGCUCUACUGCACUACGCGAUUAAGAUAAUGUCGUCGGACUACUAAAAUGUCCAAGAACGUUUUCGACACAACACGCAGUUCGUCUGAAGUCAGUCGUCGUUUCGUUGAAAUUCGUAUCCCCGGGAGAGUCGUGGACAAAAUCGUACCGUGGACCGCCGAUUGGUAGAAUUUCACUCAAAAUGAUUUCAAAGGAAACAAUAUUCAUGUACACGGCUUCUGCAAUAGUUGUUCUAUUUACUGUCGUGUAUUUAUAUUAUAAAAAUAUAUACAGCUACUGGAAAAAAUUGGGAGUGUAUCAUUUGGAACCAACUUUUUUUUUUGGUAAUGCUAAGGACCGUGUUCUUUUCAAAAAAUCAUUCCAUGAAUUUCACAGAGACUUGUACUUCAAGUUCAAAGGACAUAGAUAUGCUGGAUAUUAUCUUGGUCGCCGAGCAUCAUUGGUUAUCCUUGACCCAGACAUUAUCAAAUGUAUUAUGAUUAAAGAUUUUAAUCAUUUUACGGACCGCCAAACAAUGAAAUUUCGAACAUCUGAAUAUAUUUCUGAAAUGUUGAUUAAUCUUAAAGGUUCCAAAUGGAAACGAAUGAGAGGUCAAUUAACACCAGCAUUUACUUCAGGAAAACUUAGAACUAUGGAGCAUCUUGUGGAUAUUUGUUGUAACAAUAUGAGUGAUUUUUUAAAUGAAAAUAUCAAAAAUGAACAAGGUUAUGAAUUGGAAAUGAAAGAUUUUUUUGGCAAAUUCACCUUGGAUGUUAUUGCAACUUGUGCAUUUGGAGUAGAAUCUAAUUCAUUGAAAGAUGAAAAUGGUGGUUUUGCCAGUCGUGUAUCUAAAUUUGCUAGCUUAAGUAUUAUGAAACGUCUAUCCCUAUACAUAGUACUACUCUUUAUGCCUGGUAUUGCUCGAUUUGUACCAUUAUCUUUUUUUAACAUGGAAGUGAUACAUUUCUUAGCUAAUGUGAUCAAAGAAGCAAAAAAAUUCAGACAAUCCACUGGACAAAAGCGGAAUGAUUUCUUGCAGUUAUUACUGGAUAGUGAAACUGAUUUAGAUAAAAAUGACAAAAACAAAUCAAAGGAUGAUGCAUUGACUGAAGCUCAAGUGGUUGCUCAAUCUGUAUUGUUCUUAAUUGCUGGAUUUGAGACAUCAAGUACAUUGUUAACUUUUACAUGUUAUGAAUUGGCUAUAAAUCAAACCAUACAAGUUAAGUUAAGAGAAGAAAUAUGUUCAGUUUUAAAACGAUACAAUGGAAAAUGCUCUUAUGAAGCCAUGCAAGAAAUGCCUUUAUUAGACAUGGUAUUGAUGGAAACUUUAAGAAUGCAUCCACCCGUAGCACAAUUAGAACGUGUCAGUACUCAAGACUAUACGCUGCCUGAUUCCAACUUAUUAUUAAAAAAAGGUAUGACUGUUCAAAUACCUGUCAUUGGAUUACACUAUGAUCCGGAAUAUUAUCCAGAUCCUUAUAAAUUCGAACCAAAUCGAUUUUCUCCAGAUGAAAAAGCUAAACGUUCACAUUAUGUAUUUUUACCCUUCGGAACUGGACCAAGAAAUUGCAUUGGUCUACGAUUUGCCUUAAUGAGUACAAAGAGAGGAAUGGUGCAUCUCUUAAAAGACUUUUCAAUUAAUCUGAGUAGCCAAAUGACUGUGCCUUAUGAAUAUAGCAAACAUUCAAUGUUGCUUAAAGCAAAGGAUGGUAUAAGGCUGUCAUUCAAUAAGUUGAGUGAAUAGUAAAAACAGUUUGGUCAACUACUUAAUAAUUAACAUAUUUGUGGGCUGUGUUAAAUUUAUUUGAAACUAAAGUUAUCGGUUCAUUUCUCAGUUUUGUCUAUUGCCAUUGUAAAUGAUUUCAAAAUAUGACGUGUUUAUACUUUUUUUUUAUUAAAAUAGAUUUUAUUUUUAUAUACUUAUUGCUGGUUUCUAAUAUUUGUUUGUUUCUUUAUAUAGGUUACAUUUUAUAUUAUUUUAAUAUUAUUGAAUAUAAUAUUUUAUUAUUCUAA